AUGUGUUUUACCACCUACACUUACCGCAAAACCUUGAUGGAAAAUGGAAAUAUGAAUGUUGUAAGCAAGGAUCUAGUAAUAUCAAACCGUCUUACCGAGGAUCGGAUGACUACAAGUGAUAGGACCAUUUCUGAUAUUAUUUCCUUCAAGAAUAUAUUACAUAUAUUUACAUUACUUUUCUUCUUUGUAUCUUUACAGGUUGACUUCAUUGGCAACAUAAAUUUAAAACUAUUUCGACCGAUGUUCAAUGUUGUGGCACAUAUACUAAAAAAACAGUUAGUAAAUGCACCAAAGAUAGAACUUAAUCGCCCGUUAAAUGAUAAAGGAAACCCAAAAAUAAAUAAUAAUAAUAAAUUUGCACAGGCAAGCCAAAUAAUAAAUAAACCAGUUUAUAUACCUUUGAAGCAAAGUGGUAAUACUGAAAGUAGGAAAAAACACCUUAGUUUCACAAAUACAGAACAAAUUAAGGUGUACCCGCCUGAGAUCGAUGCAAUAAAAUCGCGUUCUCUAACACAGAUUAUAUUUAACGCGUUAGUUAACACCGUUAUUCCUAUUAGACCUGGUGAGAUAAUAACUGCCAGCGCUGACGUUAUUUUUGGAAGACCGACUAAUAGUGUAUUAGUAACUCCCACUUUGUCAAAGUUUUCCAAAUACAUUUAUUCAACUUUGUUGAAACCAAUAAAAUACAUCGUUCCAUUUAAAUCCACAAUAUUGCCUUAUGCGCAGUCCAAUAAGAGAAGAAUUCUUAUAGAGUACGCCAGUAUAUUGAAGCCACCAAGAUUACCUGAAAAUAAACAAAUACUACUACAGUACCCACCAUUAGGACGAACUCAAGAAAAACAGAUGUUUUCAGCUCAUGAAAUGGUUAACAAAAAUCCGGUUAUAGACUUUUAUUCCUCUCAAUCACGAAUUGGCUUUAAUUCAGCCUUGCACAACAACCAAGUUAAUCGUGUACCAGAAAUAUUAGGUACAAUUUAUAGAACUACUAAAAGUUAUUACACAACCACAAACUCAGAUAAGUAUUCUUUUAUUGAGGAUUUUUCUGUAGACAUGUUGAGCACAGCCAUGCCCAUCAGAACGCCUUUCAUUAUAUCAUCCUUUUCCGAGCUUCAACAUGUUAACUUUAAACAUGAUGUCCUUAGCCACACAAUUAAUGUGCAUGCCCGUCCACUGACAUUUAAAAAAGAGAUGGAAAACACUCCGCAUUUCGAAAUACCUGCUAGCAGCUUUAGGACUGAAGUCCCAUUGAGAUCAAAUCACAAGAGGGUGUUUCCUUACGACAAUAAAAAAAUAGUCUUCGAGGAGGUCGAUUUCAAUAAACUUAAUAUUUUAAGUAACUUCAAGUUUGGUCAAUAUCGUAAUCCAACAAGACAUAUGGAUGGACAUCUUCAUGAAUCAGAUCAAGUUGCCCAACAUUCAAACAAAUCAUUUUAUCUUUUAAAGAUUACCUCAACAAAAAAAUACGAUCUAAUAAAUAACACAGCACCAAAUAAUUGGCCUUCAAGCAUACAUUUUUUUAAUGAAUUCACAAUGUCGAAUAGCAACCAUAAGGGGAAAAUUCACAAGAUGUCCUUAAGCAGUUUACAAAAGCUGGUUCCAUCAAAAGGGGAACAUUUUUAUGUAGGACCAUUAACAGGGUACAAUACUGAACCUCCAAGGUUUAACGCGAAAAUUCCUAAUGCAAUUGACUCUCCUUCCCCGAGUGAUGAUAUACAAAGUAUAGUAUACCUAAGUAUACAAUUGAAAAGUACGAAGACAGAUAAGCUUAUGUCGAAUGACCACAUAAAGUUGAAUACAGCAUUAUUAAGCCCAAUGAAUAAUAACAGAUCCAACGCCAUAUUAUCAGUACUAAAUUCAGGCAAUGCAAUUGCAAUAUUAUCAACAAGACAGCUGCUGUCCAAGUCUACUCAAAUCUUGUCUACUUCAACCAAAAGUACAACUACUAAAGCCGGCAACAUGAAUCCAAUAAUUGCCUUAAAAAGUGAUAAAAAUCACCUUGAACCUUCUGAAAUGUUACAGAAUGAUAUUACUUCUGUUUCAAAAACAGCAAUGUAUUUGGAAAAAAAUUCAAGGUUCUUCACAAAAUUAAAGCCAAUAAAUUCAUUCCUUUCAACAUCCUUUUAUACCAGAAAUACACCAAAUUUCUUUUCUAUUUUAAAACCCACCAAAACCAUAUUAAAUGUAGUGAACGGAUCUGUUUUAAAAAGCAUAUUUGACUUGAAAGAUAACAGAUCUAUUGGGCACGCGAUAUUUAAAACGAAAAAUGAUGUAAAAAAACCAAUUUCCAUUAGGUUUCAAAAAGAACCUCCUCCGCCAAUAAGGUCACAAGUAAUUCGUGAAUAUGAUGUUAAACAUGUUAGUCAAAUGACCAAAAAUUUUAAACCUACAGACCACACAUCAGAACCAUCGAAAUCAAUUAAUGAUUCGGGUUCCAAAAACGUUGUAGAUAUUAACAACACGAUUAAAAACAGUCUGAGCAUUUCGAAGCAUGAUGUUAUUAAAUAUGGGUCGACCAGUCUAUUGUCCUCAGACUUGACUCGACAUGAAGAUCUGUAUACAACCAGCGUUCCAAAUAAAAUACCCAUUGAACCAUCAAAAUCAAUUAAUGAUUCAGGUUCCAAAAACGUUGUAGAUAUCGACAACACGAAAAACAGUCUGAGCAUUUCGAGGCAUGAUGUUUUUAGAUAUGGGUCGACCUAUCUAUUGUCCUCAGACUUGACUCGACAUGAAGGUCUGUAUACAACCAGUGUUCCAAAUAGUAUACCCAUUGGGGCGACGAAUUAUUUAAAAACAACUAUUUCAGCCGAUCCUUGUAAUCCGCCGUGCAAGUCAAAUAAAAACGAAAUUUGCGUAACCUAUGGUUUGUCUUCAAGUUUUUGUGGCUGUCGGCCAAGUUUUGGACGGCUGUUUCCGGAUCUUCCUUGCAAACCCACUUAUUCUUACGAAAUGAAAUUGCAAACCGACUGGGUUGAAAAUUCUUUAAUAAAGCUGAUUGGAAUAGAUAUGAAUUCCACAAACGAAUAUCACCAUAUAAAAAUAAUUUUUACAGACGCCGUCGAUCGUAUGAUUAUGCAAUCUGAUUAUAGGAACAUAUUUCAUGGCGCGCAAUUACAAAGCAUUUUUGCAGAGGAGAAAAACAACAAAAUUACGGCUACAUUUUUAUUACAGUUGUCAGAGAACAGCGAUGAAAAUCUACUAAAAUCAACACUUACAAAACAUUUACGACUAAGCAAUUUUAGUAUUGGAGGCACUGGUUUGCACACUUCAAAAAAUGGUCCUAAUUUAUUAGCUUUUAAAGAUUUCGAUGAGUGUCGCCAUAAAGACUUUAAUGACUGCUCCAAUGAUGCCCACUGUUUUAAUUUAGUUGGCAGUUACACUUGUGUUUGUAAAGAAGGUUAUAUGGAUAUAUUCCCAAACGCAUUAUACCCAGGUCGCCAUUGCUUAGAUAAUAAAAUUGGAUGUGAUAAAUGUAGCUACCAUGGAAAAUGUUUUCAAAAGUGGGCAGACAAACAACAACAGGCAAUAACAUCGUGCAAGUGCAACAGUUGGUAUGCUGGAACAAAAUGCCAAGUUAACCUCAAAGUGGUAAUAAUACUUCUUUUGACUAUGGGCACACUUUUGUUGGCAUUGCUGUUGUCUUUCUUAUUGCUUAUAAACAUCAAACCUAAAAAUAAGGGCAACAGAAUAGCAAGCCAAUUUAAUAAUGCAUCUUCCCAAUUACAUCGCAGCAUAAUAUCAUCAAACGAAAUUUGUGAAAUAAGCCAAACUAUGCUAGCCGUUUCUAAAAAGAAAUGUAAAAGCUCGUACAUCAAGGAAAAAUCUGCUACGCAGAAUGAUCAGACCUCUUCAGCUUAUAAUACAAGCGACGAUUUAACAGUCAAAAUUUCCAGUAGUUCAGAUAAUAACUUUGACGAAGACGGGCACACCUACCGCUCUCUCACUCUUAUGAUUCCACGUGCGAAAUUCCGUCUGCCAUUUACUUCUAAGAUCUCCUAUAUUAACCAUCAAUCGAAUAUGCAUCUGGAGCCCUGUCGAUCUGGUACUCUAACUCUAGCUAGUCGAAAUGAUUCCGAUGAACUUUUCUACAGAAACCCCAUUAGCCCAAUGUCCUAUCCUGGUAUCAGCGGGUGUGAAAGUAUCUGUCGUUGUUAGCAAACAUUUAUUGUGAAAUUUUACAUAAGUUAUUUAGAUUUAUACAAAACAAUAGGAUGUGAAGCUUAUUGCAAUUAAUGAUAAGCUUGUGAUCAUCUUCACGUUGUAAUUUUUCUAUAUCCGUAACUAUUAGAGUACAAAUAUGUUUAAAAUAGCUAAAGUAUUAUUUUGAUUGAUCAAGAUCAUCAAUCGAGAUGUCUAUCAGUCCGUACCAAUCAGAAAAGAGAUCGGUUUUUCAAAAAUUUAUACGCUACGCACCAGACUUUGACUGGAUAUGCGAACUACACAGUGAAAAUAGUUUUUGUUUAUAAAUAUUCUGGUUAUAGUUAUUAGUUAUAAAUAUUAUUUGAGUUAUUUGAGUAAAGAGUAUCCUCCCUCGUGAAUAACUCGCUUUAGGACGGACGAUCCUCCCUGGUUAGGACGGGAAAGGGAAGGCGAAUCCUCCCUAGUGAAUAACUCGUUUUGGGACGGGCAAUCCUAACUAGGCAUGUCGGGAAAGGAAAGGCGGAUCCUCCCUCGUGAAUAACUUGUUUUGGGAUGGACAAUAUUCCCUAGUCAGGUCGGGCAGGGACGGUGGAUCCUCCCUAUCGCGCAUCGAGUGAUUUCCUAAGCCUGAGAAUACUCUGUCGGCUGCGGCCUCGUCCGAAGGUCCAGCCCGUGGGAUUUUUGGGUCUGAAAAACCCCUCCAAGACGAUCACAAAACUCUGUUCGUCGAACGGACAGACUUCUCUAUUCGACUGAGGUUCGGAAUUCGACUGAGGUUCAUACCCCGGCUGGAAAACAUCCUUACAAGUGGCGCCCGAGCAGGGACACUAAGGCUAGCUAGAGUGACAACAAAGUGGCGUAGAGACCCACUAAAGUUAUAAAUAUUCUGGUAUCUGAAUGAAUAUCAAUAUCUUUGGAAUUGAGUGAUAUAUGCACAAAAAAUGGAUUAGCAAUAGCUAAAACUUUAAAAGUUAUUUGAGUAAAGAGUAUCUAACAACCGGGUCCCUCGACGAAAAACAGAAAAUUAACUACGAAUUUAGAACUCAAUAAGUAUACAUAUAGUCUAUAUGAUAUAGAACCACGAACAUUAAAUUUAAAAGUUUCUUUUAGUAAAAUCAGUCAGCGGAAUCCUAUAAAAAAGAAACAAAUAUGUUUCAUAUAAAUAUUGUGUAUAGCAUUCGAUAUUGACUGCUAACUUUAUGAGUUUGUUUCUGGAAUAAAUAUUAAAAUUGAUUUUAAGCAUUAAGUUAUACAUUUUAUUUAAUGUAUGUAAAUGCAUUUUUAACAAGUAACAGAAUGGGGUAAAGCAUUAAAAUUUGCAAUAAAAUGGUAUAAACUCGAAAAAAAA